CACGGGCGUCCUGCCUGAGCCGCCAUUUUUACAAAGGGAAAAGAGACAGGAGAUAGGGGAUCUGGUUACGAAUAGGCACCGCGGAAAGAGCGGAGGAGCAGAGGAAUUAUACGGUUCUGUAUAGGAAAAACCUCCCAAUCGUGAAAGUGGGGUGACGACAAAGACCAGAGGUCGGAGCAGGGGAGGUUUUAUGGAGGGUAAUGUAAUUAUUACCCCUUUUUCGCCUUUGUUGUAGUGAGAUCCGCAGUGGAGACUGUAGUAUUGUUUUGGUUGUGUGGAGGUACGGGCGACGGGGUCUAACCCGGGUCCCCUGUUCCUUUAUUCACCGUACCUACAGUGGACCUUUAAGGAUUUGUGGAUGCACUUAGAUGUUUGCAAUGAGCACUGUGGCUGGCAUGCCCCAGUGUUUUGGAUACCAAUGCUUAGGACCCAGUAGGAAUCGAAUUUAUCAGAAGAGAACGUCAUGAGCAUAGUCAUCCCUGUGGGAGUCGACACAGCAGACACCUCAUACUUGGACAUGGCUGCAGGCUCGGAACCUGAAUCAGUAGAGGCUAGCCCCGUGGUAGUGGAGAAGUCCAACAGCUACCCUCACCAGAUCUACAGCAGCUCGCACCACUCGCACAGCUACAUCGGCCUGCCCUACGCGGUACGUCCCGGGGGUCUGGGGGAGGGGGCUCACCUUCACGGCGGCAUACCGUUCGGCCCGCCGGCGGCGCUGAUCAGUAAGAGCGAGGCGGGGCUGCUGGCCCCCGCCCCCCUGGACGAGGCGUCCAGCCACACCACGCUCAGCACUUCGGAGGACAGCAGCUACGGCACGGACAUCACGCGCUGCAUCUGCGGCUUCACCCACGACGACGGCUACAUGAUCUGCUGCGACAAGUGCAGCGUGUGGCAGCACAUCGACUGUAUGGGGAUCGACAGGCAGCACAUUCCCGAAACCUACCUUUGUGAACGCUGCCAGCCCAGGAGUUUAGACCGGGACAGGGCCAUCGUCCUUCAGACUCGGAAGAGGGAGAACAUGUCGGACGGGGACACCAGUGCGACGGAGAGCGGCGACGAGGUGCCGAUGGAGCUGUACACGGCCUUCCAGCACACGCCCACCAGCAUCACGCUGACCGCCGCGCGCAUCGGCAAGGCCGGCGACAAGAAGCGCAAGAGGAGCGGCGACAAGGAGCCGGGCACGGGAACCACGCGCACCAAGAAGGCAUUCCGUGAGGGGUCCAGGAAGUCCUCCAGAGUAAAGGGCACGGCCCCAGAGGUGGACCCCACAGACACGCCCUCGCUGUGGGAGAGUAAGAUCAAGGUGUGGAUGGAGCGCUAUGAGGAGGCCAGCAGCAACCAGUACAGCGAGGACGUGCAGAGCGUGCUGAGGCUGAGGGAGGUCGGGGCGGGCAAGCCCCACUCGCACCCCUUCAACACCCACGCCGUGCCCUUCAAGCCCCCCGUGGAGAGUCAGGUGCAGAAGAAUAAGAAGAUCCUGAAGGCAGUGAGAGACCUGCCCCCCGACUCCCUCAUCAUCGAGUACCGGGGCAAGUUCAUGCUGCGCCAGCAGUUCGAGGCCAACGGCUACUUCUUCAAGAGGCCGUACCCCUUCGUGUUGUUCUACUCCAAGUUCCACGGCCUGGAGAUGUGCGUGGACGCCCGCAGCUUCGGCAACGAGGCCCGCUUCAUCCGCCGCUCCUGCACCCCCAACGCAGAGGUGCGGCACGUGAUUGAGGACGGCACCCUGCACCUGUACAUCUACUCGGUGCGAGCGAUCCCCAAGGGCAGCGAGAUCACCAUUGGUUUCGACUACGACUACGGCAGCUGCAAGUACAAGGUAGACUGCGCGUGCGUGAAAGGGAACGCCGAUUGUCCGGUUCAGAAGCACAACGCCGAGCCCACGGAGAACCUGGGAGCCGGGUAUGAGACGCGGCGGCGGCGGGGGCGGAAGGACAAGGAGGCGCCCCGCGAGCACGAGCACGAGAGGGAGAGGGAGAAGGAGCGGGAGCGAGAGAGGGAGGGGGCCCAGAACCAGAACAUGGUGCUGGACUGCGACGGCACCAAGAGCAAGGGCCACGCCGACGCCAAGCAGAGAAAGCUGUCCCCCCUCCGCCUGUCCAUUUCCAACAACCAGGAGCCUGAGUUAAUUGAGGAUAUAGAAGAGAAAACCCCCAUUAGCAAUGAAGUAGAGAUGGAGUCAGAGGAGCAGAUUGCAGAGAGGAGGAGGAAGAUGGCCAGCCCAGCGGAGAAGUCCCCUGCCAGCUGGGGGGGGUCCAGCUGGAUGGCACUGAGGCACAAGGAGACCCGCGAGGAGCGGAAGAUGGAGGCGAUCCUGCAAGCCUUCGCCAGGCUGGAGAAGAGGGAGAAGCGGCGGGAGCAGGCGCUGGAGCGGAUCAGCACCAAGACGGAGGGCGGGGGCAAGAACGAUGUCAAGGAAGAGCCCCCCCCCACCCCCGAGACCGACGCUCCGCUGCAGUACCCCAAAACGAAAAAGCACUUGGUGAGCGAGUGGCUGAGCGAGAAGCAGGAGCGCGCCCUGCGGCCCCCGGACCUGCCCCCGGAGCGGCCCCUGCGGAUCAGUACGGACCCCGAGGUGCUGGCCACCCAGCUGAACUCGCUGCCCGGCCUGGCCUGCAGCCCCCACGUCUACAGCACGCCCAAGCACUACAUCCGCUUCAGCUCGCCCUUCCUGGCCAGCCGCAGCCCCACCGCGGCCGGCCGCCGGCGCAGGGAGGUGCCCGACACCCCGCCCACCUCCGGCUCCUGCAAGAAGCGCUGGCUGAAGCAGGCUCUGGAGGAGGAAGGGUCGCCCAGCCCGGUCAGCCGCGCCCCCUGCCCGCUGCCCAGCGAGGUGCCGCUCAGCCCACCCCUCAACUGCGACGCUGACAGCCCCCUCGCGCUCAACGGCAGCUGCACUUUACCAGAGUUGCCCACUCCUCUGAAGAAGCGGCGGCUGUGCCCGGUGGACUCCUGCUUGUCGGAGAGCUCCACGCCCUGCGGCUCUCCCUGCGCCACGCCCACCCGUGCCGAGCCCCCGGAGUCGGGCCCCUCCCUCCCCGCCACGCCAGUCCGCACCCGGUCGGAGGACCGCGCCGACGCCUCCCCCAUCCACACGCCCCAGGCGCCGCCUGCCCCUCCCCUCAUCGAGAACAUCUCCUCUCCGGACAGUUCCCUAGAGGCCAGCCGGACGCCCAGCGCUCAGGAGACAACGGAUCGGCCGCCCGGCGCUCGAGCGCCCACCCUGGCUGAGUCGCCCGCGCAGGAGAUCAAGACAGUGGGCGCGCUGAGCCCGCGAACCCCCCGCCCCGAGCCCCAGGAUUGCGGGGGGGAGACGGACCCAGGCGAGGUGGAAGGGUCCCCCGAGGGCGGCAAAGAGACCCCUCACACGGACUGCCUGGGGGAGCGUGGCCCCCCGACUCCCUCCUACCCUCCCUGGAUGAAGAGCCCGGACAGGGGUCCCCUCUCCUUCUCCCCCGUGAACUCUAACCUGCGCGAUCUCACGCCCUCGCACACUCUGGAGCUGGGUGGCGCCUUCCGCCCCACUGACCCCCCCGGGAGUAACUACAGCAGUGAGGGGGGCCUGUACUACCCCUGCGCCGAGGAAGGAGGCGCCCUGGGCUUCACGCGUGCCCUCGGGGGAGACGGCAUAGCAGAAGGGGGUGGCGGCACCCCACAGAACCCCCCCCAGAAGAAAAAGGUGUCUCUGUUAGAAUACCGGAAAAGGCAGAGGGAGGCAAGGCGGAGCGGCUCCAAGCCUGAGAGUGGGUCACCGCUGUCUACAGCGCCCCCUCUGGUGGGACUGUACAGCUCCGCUGGCGUGGAGCUCUGCCCCGUUUCCACGGAGACCGCCCCAGAGCCAUCUGCGCCCCCCGCCGCAACCAGCACGGUCCCCGCCCUCGAGCCCGCGCACCCCAACGACAGCCCGGAGACUCCCCCGCAAGGGGACCGAGAGGGCGGAGAGGGGCCCUGGAUGUCGUCCACAUCGGUAGAGCAAGUGAGGGAGCGGAGUUACCAUCGAGCCCUGCUGAUGAGUGACCACCGCAAGGACAGGGACACGGACGGAGCGGAGACCGACGGCAGCGACACAGCUGGCGGGAAGGAGUGUGCGAGUCCUGGCUCACACAAGGCCUGCUGGAGCCCCUCCACACACAAGGCCUGCUCCCCAGGCCCCGGCGCGGCUCGGUCAGCGAAGGAGACGGCGGGGGAGGAUUGUGAUGGCCAGCAGAGGGCGCCCUGCCUGUCUCCGUCCGUCCAGCAGCCUUGCAAACCCCCCUGCCAAAAGCCGGCCCCCCUGAACCCCUCCAAGCUGCACUGCGGGCCGCCCCUCGCGAGCCAGAACCUGUAUUCCGGCGCUUCGCUAGUGCACGCCGCCAAGCCCCAGCCCCAGGGCACCCCCUACCGCGGCCAGCGCUGCUUCCAGCCCCAGCCCCAAGUGGUGAAGGCUCACUCCAGUGAGCACAUGGCUACACUGAGCACCCAGCCCACAAUCCCUUUCUGCCGCGCUGUGGUGAAGACGCCUGUGGAACGUGAGCAGGAGACCCACUGA